AUGGCACAUCUAUCUUCUUUUGUUCCCAUGGAGGGACCAAACUAUGAAGAUGGCCUCAAAGCAAGCUCUCAGAUAAAAUAUCCAGACAACAAUGUUGCUUUACAAGGCUUUAAUCGGUCUCAGCGAUUCGAAGGAGACAUAUUUGACCUCGAAGUGACCGGCAGGAUUCCAGAAGACAUAAACGGAACUUUUUAUCGCAUACAACCCGACCACAGGUUUCCGCCAAUUUAUGAAAAUGACAUAUCUUUCAACGGAGACGGUCUCAUCUCUGCUUUUUACUUACAGAAUGGACACGUGGAUUUCCGCCAGCGUUACGUUAGGACCGAGAGAUUUAAGCGGGAGACAGCGGCCCGAAGAAGUUUGUUUGGAAAAUACAGAAAUCUGUAUACGGACAAUGAGUCGGUAAAAGGAGUUAUUAGGACUGCAUCAAACACCAACGUCGUAUUCUGGCGAGGAAUGCUGCUUGCCAUGAAAGAGGAUGGUCCUCCGUAUGCGAUGGAUCCUGUAACCUUGGAAACAAUCGGAAGGUACGAUUUCGAAGGGCAAGUAGAGUCACCGACCUUUACAGCUCACCCAAAGUUCGACCCCAUUACUGGUGAAAUGGUAUGUUUUGGAUACGAGGCAGGCGGAAAUUGAAACGACGGCUCUUGUGAUAUUGUGGUAUAUACAAUUGAUAAAAACGGCAAGAAAACUGAAGAGACAUGGUACAAAGCCCCAUUUUGUGGAGUCAUCCAUGACUGCGGGAUUAGCAAGAACUAUGUCGUUCUUCCUAUGACACCUUUGAAAUGCUCGCACGAUCGUCUCAAGAAGGGGGGCAACCAUUGGGCGUGGGACCCGAGCGAGGAUCAACUUUAUGGAAUAGUACCAAGGAGAGGUGGGAAGCCCGAGGAUAUUGUGUGGCUGAGAGGAGAGAAUGGUAAGUUAAACAUUUAUCGUCAGCCUUGAAUCUAUAGCUAAUAUCUUGAAGCCUUCCACGGACACGUUGCAGGUUGUUAUGAGAACACCGAAGGACAUAUAGUCUUCGACCUUACGGUUGCGAGUGACAACGUUUUCUGGUUCUUUCCAGAAGAAGGCGCACUCCCUCAACCGCCUUCUCCUGAAACUCUGGGUAAGCGGCAAUCGGAUACUUAUCGCUGGAUAUUUGAUCCAAAAGCCAAGACCAAUACGCGAGUGCAGCCUUUUGAGGUAUUUGGUAUUAACGGCGAAUUUUCUCGAAUUGAUGACAGGUAUGUCACUAAGCCAUACGAUCACUUCUGGCAAUUACAGAUUGAGCCGCCACCCAAACGCGAAUUUGAUUUUAGAAAAUGUGGCAAGCCAGGUAUGUGGCAAUCCUCAAACCACAAUCUCAGCUAAUAGGAAGCCCAGUUGGGGGACUUUUCAAUGUCAUAGGGCACUUUUCUUGGAGCACUAAAACGAAGGAUACAUACUGGGCAAACGAGACAACAACUUUCCAAGAGCCGGUUUUCGUGCCAAAAGGUACUGAUGUCGAGGGAGAUGGCUAUCUGAUUAUGCUCCUGAACCAUCUGGACGAGUUAAGAAAUGAUAUCCUGAUAUUCGAUGCGUUGAAUCUUGCUAAAGGACCGCUUGCUGCUAUCCAUCUGCCUUUCAAGCUACGCCUUGGGGUACAUGGUAAUUUCGUCGACCAGAGGGAGAUUGAUGCCUGGAAGGAGCUGCGUAAAGAGAAUGGAGAAGUAGGUCCGGUAAAGCCCGCAGAGAAGCCGCUGCCAUGGCAAGAACAAUUGCAGAAUGGCUCAAAUGGAACGAGUGAUAAGUGA